AUGGGCCUCUCUCACUUUGCACUCCCCUGCGGUGAACACUACACCGAGAUGCGCGACUUCUACAAAGCAAUCCUCGCACCCCUAGGCUACGAGUUCAAAUUCGAAGCUCAAGGUCCCAGCGGCGCAUACUACUGCGCUUUCGGUGAAGCAAACAAAGGACCGGACUUUUGGCUUGGCGGUGGUGGUGAGGCAUCCCUCAAGAAGUAUGAUGGAAAGAUGGAAAACAGAACUUGUCCUGUGCAUUUUGCUUUUGAUGCGAGGGAUCAGAAGCAUGUUGAUGAGUGGCAUGAAGUUGCUAUGAAGUAUGGGGCUGUUGAUAAUGGAAAGCCGGGAUUGAGAGAGUAUAGGCCUGGGUAUUAUGCUGCUUUUGUUCUUGAUCCUGUUGGUAACAAUGUUGAGGUUCUUCAUUUGGGUUAG